UUCACACAAGCUGGGUGGCUGGCCAUCGCGUAUAUAUAGGGGCGGGAGCUCUGGGAGUGGCACAACUGUGCUGAAACACCAUCGAUCAUUCCAUCUAGGCGCCAUGGGCAACGGCAAGGUGUACGCCACGGUGGUGCUCAUCCGGCUCAUCUAUGCCGGCAUGCACAUCCUCACCAAGGCGUCCUUCAACGAGGGCAUGAGCACCACGGUCUUCGUCUUCUACCGGCACGCCGUCGCCGCCAUCUUUUUGUUGCCUUUCGCCUUCCUUGAAAUCAGGAAGCGACCGGCGCCACCUCUGAACUUCAAACUCACUGCCAAGAUCUUCGCGCACGCCUUCUACGGGAUGGCAGGAACGAUCAACUUGUACUGCAUUGGCCUGAAGUAUGCUUCAGCGACCUCCUCAUCGGCCAUCUUCAACAUCGUGCCGGUGGUCGCCUUCAUCUUGGCCGUCAUGUUCAGGAUGGAGACCCUGAAGCUUAGGAGCGUCCAUGGCAUAGCCAAGGCCUCUGGGAUCCUCCUCUGCGUCGGCGGCGUCAUCGUGCUGGCGCUGUACGAGGGCCCCGAGCUCAAGUCCAUGAACCACCACCAGCUCCUCAAGCACCACACGAGCGCCGCCGCCGCGCACGCGCAUUCCAAGGAGGAGUGGGCGCUGGGCAUCUUUCUCAUGACAACGUCCAUCGUGAUAUGGUCUUUCUGGACUGUGAAGCAGGGACCCUUGCUGCUGGAGUACCCUUCCAAGCUCCUGAACACGACGCUGCAGUGCGUGUUCGCGAGCAUCCAGUCGUUCGUCAUCGCCCUUGUCCUCGAGAGGGACUUCUCGCGGUGGAAGCUCGCCGGCGCCGUCAGCCUCGCCUCGGUGCUCUUCACGGGUAUCGUCGUGGCGGCGAUCUCGUACUACCUGCAGAUCUGGGUGAUCGAGAAGAAGGGCCCCGUGUUCCUGUCCAUGUCGAUGCCGCUGAGCCUCGUCUUCACCAUGGCAAUCGCCUCGUUCCUGCUGGGCGAGGACGUCAGCCUGGGGAGCAUUAUCGGCAGCGUCCUCCUCGUCGCCGGCCUCUACAACGUCCUGUGGGGCAAGAGCAGGGAGGAGAAGCAAGCGGCGGGAGGGAGGGACAGCGGCGGCGGCGGCGGCGUCGACGGGGACGUGGAGAGGAAUGCGGCGGCCGUGCAACCGGCGGACGGGGAGACGAAGGAGAAGGAGGAGGGGGACGUCGACGCGGCGGCGGCCAAAGUCUGAUGACACGCGGAGUCCGUGCGGAUCAUGCACGCACGCGACCUGCUGAUCCAGUCGAUCUCUCACGGCCGGCGUGGCGGGCCUGCGACCGGUGCUUGUGCGAUCACUGCAGAAAGGGUGCAGGGCAAGAAAGAUCAUAUCAGGCGCUGGUCGGUGUCGUGUUUUCCGAAAGCGAUUCUUCAGCUGCUCCGCGCCCUAUGUGCAUUUGUGUGCGCACAACCAGUUGCUGUUUGUGUAUACUGAGGUGUACAUCACAUCAAGUUAAUUUCCAAGUGAUGGUUGAUUGUAUAAUGGUGCAUAAAAGUGGCCUCUUUGAGUCUUUAUUCGUAAAGUUAUAUUUUUCUUGCAA